UGCGGCCAUUGUGACGCGCCGGCCCCCGAGGCAGCGGCCCGGCCGAGCCGCGAUGGAGGAGCAGAAGGUCUCGCGGCCCCGGGUCACCUUCUUCCAGCCCCGCGUCAACCAAGUGCUGGUGCUGUUCAGUCUCUUCAAUGGCAGUGAAGUGGCUGUGAAAAGGUUUUUGCCAAAGAGUCACUUAUCCACGGUCAUCAUCCGUGACAACACCAGUGUCCAGCGAAUUCAGGAGAUAAAGGUAAAUCACUUGGAGGAGACAAGAAAAAAGAGCAGUCACUUUUAUGAGCAUUUAAAGAAGAAGUUCAUGAGUGACCAGCAGAAGAAGAUAUCACGGUGGAAGAAGGAGUCUGAUAAAUUUGGGAAAAUACUGGAGCUGAUCAAUCAGAGAACCAAGAACUUCACGAUCGCUUCUGCUAGUCUGACUAUGAGGAGGUCCCAAGAAGGCAGCCAGAAAGCAAUCCCCAAGAAAGAAGCAACCGUGAUGUUUGAAAAAUGAUCCAGAGAGGCAUUCAUCCAGCACCCCGUCAGGCUGUAUUCUUAGUUUCUAAUGAGUUUCUUUCCAACAUCUCUGACACUCAGUUUGCCUUUUUAGCAAAGAGGAGAUGAAGAGAGUUAAAGCUAGUGCAGGGUUUUAGUUGUUUCAGCAAUAAACUAAUACAAAUUAA